ACGGACGGUGAAUUACCCGCAUGCAGCAGCAUCUACACAGGACUCAAACUAUUGAUUCAGAGAGACUGACUGAAAGAAUGAACAUGGCGUGAAAGUUUAUUGUGAGGGGAAACUAUUGCGUCAAGAGUAGCAAAAGUUGAGAGUUUGACAGCCGCUAACGAAGACACUUCAGCAGGACAGAGACUCAGAUACAGCUGAACACUUCACUGCUGCUUGCACACAAAAUACUGUUUUUGCGUUGAAGGAAAUCAUGGUAUUGAACACACCCUCUACUGAACAAACCCUGGACUUACGCUCUUAAGUCACCCAAAACAGAGUUUAAACUGGCUCACAAUUGACGUGUUUUUAUUUAUUUUUUAUUUAUUUAUUUUUUUUUUUUAUAAAAGAUGUUCUUGGAUGGAUUUUCAGUUUGAUUGUGUUUCGCGUCUUUAUUUUAUCGUAAGCGUAAAUAAUGUUUUCUGGUAAACAAACGAAGCCGACUUUUAAGUCCUAUCUUCGUCCUCUUCAGGCUGAUUUGAAGAAAAGUCCUCAACUGCCCACCAAGAAACUAGAAGCAAAACUUCUACCAGGCGAAAUAGUUGUGAACGAGGCGAACUUUGUGAGGAAAUGCAUUGGAGGAGAAAGCUGUCAGGGUGACCUAUGGGGGAAACUUGUCUGUACUAACUUCAAGGUUUCCUUCAUUACACACAAUUCCUUGCCACGACAGAGGUUCCAAUGCACCCACCGCCUCCUGGGCGAACACGAUAUACCACUGGCUUGUGUGGACCAGGUGGUGACAGUUAAUGAUGCCAAAGGAAAGCAGAAGAUUUUAGGAUCCAAUAAGAAGCUGAAGUUUAACCCCACUGAGCUCAUCCUGUACUGCAAAGACUUCCGCAUCAUCCGCUUCCGCUUCGAUGAGGCUGGACCUGAGAGUACUAAAAAGGUAUGUCUGGCCAUCGCUCAUUAUUCCCACCCGGCUGACCCACAGCUACUCUUCGGCUUCGAGUAUGUCGGAAACCGAUACCAUGGAUCAAAGGGUGAGCGGGUGAAUGGUGUUGACACUGGUGGCGGGUUGCAGACACCCCUGUUCGACUGCUCCUCUGACUGGGACAGAGAAAUCAAGCGUACCGGCGCCUCAGAAUGGAGGGUGUGUACCAUCAAUCAAGGUUAUUUCAUCUCGCCCAGUCUCCCAGAGUUCUUCGUGGUUCCGGUAUCUCUUGCAGAUCAGGAUGUGAAGAAUUACGCCUGCUGCUUUAUCUCCCAGCGUAUCCCGUUAUGGUGCUGGAAUCACCCCAGCGGGAGUGCUCUGGUCCGCAUGUCAAACAUCAGUGACCCACAGCAGCAGAGGAAGGUGGAGCAGAGGAUUUCCAGUGCCAUAACUAAAAGCCACCCGCUGCGCAGUGAUGUCUUCAAGUCCGAUCUGGACAAGAACCUCCCAAACUUACAAGAUAUUCAAGCCGCUCUUCUGAAACUGCGACAGAUCUGUGUUCUAGAGCCCUUUGAGGAGUCUGAAGAGAAGUGGCUGUCAUCUUUGGAAAGCUCAAGAUGGAUAGAGUAUGUCAGGACAUUUCUGAGGCAUGCAGUAGAGGUAGUCUAUAUGCUAGAGAGCAGACACGUCUCUGUCAUACUACUAGAGGAGGAGGAUCGGGACUUGAGUUGUGUGAUUUCCUCUCUGGUGCAGCUGAUGUGUGAUCCUCACUGCAGGAGUCUGCAUGGCUUUCAGGGUCUGAUUCAGAAGGAAUGGGUGAUGGCUGGACAUCGUUUCCUGGACCGCUGCAACCAUCUUAAAAAGAAUGACAAAGAAGAGUCUCCUCUGUUCCUGCUGUUUCUGGACUGUGUGUGGCAACUAUGGAAUCAGUAUCCAGCAGCGUUUGAAUUCACUGAGGUGUACCUGACAGUGCUCGGUGACAGUAUGUGGGUCCCUGUCUUCAGUACCUUCCUCUUUAACUGUCCCCGACAAAGAGCAGAGCACAGCCGGGAUUUUGCCAGCAGCAAGAGUAUUCACCUGGGGCAGGACCAGGCUCUUCGCUUCCCUCCUGUGUGGGAUUGGUCUCAACAGUUCAGUCUUAAAGACCAGACUCUCUUUAACAAUCCUUUGUAUGUGGGCAAGAUUGCCACCUGCAUACAAAACGGCACUGUAAAGACAUUCACGCACCGGCGCAGCAAGAAAAACUACAGUUCCACACUGCGAGGUGUGCCCUCUGCCCUCCGAAACGGAUCAAUGGGACAGCAUGACACCCUUACACGGCGGAACUCCCUCAUGCUACGUCUCCGUUCAGAUUUGUCUCAGGUGCAGGAGCAGCAGGAGACGCCCUCAGAACGCUUCUUUCGAGACUGGUUUUCUCGUCCCGUCAACCUACAGGGCCUUCUGCUCCCCCAACUCCUACCGUCUCACCUCUCUCUCUGGAAGCUCUACUUCCUGCGCUGGGUUCCCGAGGCACAGAUCAUGCAGGGUGGCCCCAUCACCGCGUUCCAUCAGCUCUCUGUGCUGACAGAUGAGAUUGAGAUGCUCCAGAACCAGCUGAGGCAGUAUAAUGGGACAGGAGGUACUCCCAACAACCUUCAUGUGGAGGACAGUAAAAUGUACUUUAAGGUGACUUCAACUCCUCACCAAUCCCCUGCUCCUCCAGAGUACCUCAGCUCUUCAUUUCCUUUCUCUCCUGUGGGUAAUCUGUGUCGCCCCGGCCUUCUGGGGACCCCUCUUAGCAAGUUCCUCAGUGGAGCUAAGAUCUGGCUGUCUACAGAGACACUGGCUAAUGAGACGAUCUGAGGCCAGACCACUUGGAUAGACCUGGGGUCCCUAGACUAUGUGGACUGAGAGGUCAUAACAUUCAAAGGCAAUUGGCUGCAUUGUCAAGUCACUGUCCAGAGAGAUAUACAUGAAGAUCUAAAGCCUAUGUCUGAAGCUACUCGGUUUAAUUAAAGGGAUGGUUCAAACAAAACUGAAAAUUCUGUCAUCAAUCAAUAAACCCUCAUGUUGCUCCAAACUCAUGGCUUUCUUUUUUCUGUGGAACACAAAAAAAAGAGACGUCAGGAAGAAUUUAAGCGUAUAUCUUUUUUCUAUACAAUGAAAGUGAAUCGUGACUGAAGCUAAAAUUCUGCCAAACAUAAUUUGUGUUCCAAAAUUUUUGACAAUUUUAAUUUUUGGGUGAACUAUCUCUUUAAAGUUCCUUUUUGAUUGUGCAGGCAUGUGGUACUGACUUGGAAAUGUUUAUUCAGUCUGUUGUGAGUGAUUGGUUUGCUUUUGCACAUGAUGAAAUGUAAAGCUCCAAUCACACAUCUUUCUUACUUAGGAUUGUUAGGAUCUGAUGUACACUGUCUGGGUUGCCGGUAUAGACUGUUCUCCUUUUGUUUUAAUACUGUUGGACCUUCUUGUGGCACUUGUGGCAUUAGUUGGGAGGUGGAACUGUAAUUUAAAUUUAUAGUAUAAAAUGUGCAUAUAUUUUUAUCUUAUCCUAACAUUGUUUAAAAUCUCUUGGAACCUUCUGGUAAGGUCUAACUGUAGAUAGCUUUAUUAAAAUGUGUUUAUUCAUUGUGAAAACUUGAAAUGGGAUGUGUGACCGUGUUUACCAGCGUAAACCCCAUAAGCAGUUAGUAACUGUGCACAUAUUGUGGUCUGUUAGGCUGGCUGGAUCCCAGAUUGUUAGACCCCUCCCUUACUGUAGCUCAGUGAUGGCUGUUUGAAAAUGACUGACCACCUGCACAAGCCAAUCAGCUGGUUGAUUGGACACAUAGCAGUGGUGUGGCCAGGCGUGUUUACUUGCAUGAUCUUGCACAUUAUGCUUAAAGGGAUAUUCUGGGUUCAAAAUAAGUUAAGCUCAAUUGACAGCAUUUCUGGCAUAAUUUUGAUUACCUCAAAAAUACAUUUUGAUUUGCUGCUCCUUUUCUUUAAAAAAACAAAAAUCUUGGAUAUAGUGAGGCACUUACAAUGGAAGUGAAUUGGGACAAUAUGUAAAUGUGAAAAUACAAACAGUUUCAAAAGUAUAGCCGCAAGAUGUAAACAACAUGCAUGUUAAAAUUAUUUUAGUGUGAUAAAAUUGUAUACUAAACUUUUCUGUUUGAAGUUAUAUCCAAUUUUCCAAGUUUGUUGCCAUGACCCUAUGCCACAAAUGCUGUCAAUUGAGCUUAACUUGAACCCGGAAUAUUCCUUUUACGAACCGACAUCGUGCAAGGUUAUGUAAAACGCCUUAUCAGGGUUAGGUCAUAAAUGGUUUAAGCAAAAACCCUGAUUUGCGUUACAUGUAAACACCUUUAUUUGCAUUCUUCCUGGUUUAUUAUCCAAUAGCUUGUGCAACUUCUGCGCAUGCCUGUUUACAUUUUGGCGUCAAAAACAGAUAUUUUUUUUUUAUUCCAAAAUUAAUGAUUCCAAAUCUCGUGUAAACAUGAUUUUCUUUUGUUGUCCAAUUUCGGAACAAGCAGAUUUUUGUUAGUUAUUAGCAUAUUGGUGUGCAUGUAACCACGCUCAAUGUCUGCGCAUUUACAUGCAAACCAAUACACUGAUAACUACCAAAAGUAAGCUUGUUAAAAAAAAAAAAAAACGAUAAGAAUGACUGAAAAGGUGUUCACAUCCACAACACGAAAUCGGGGUAAUGGGCAAAAAUAUACCUGUCGGUCGGUUCAUGACCGUACACCAAUAAAGGAAAGCCAUUCAAUGCGUUUACAUGACCACAGAGGUUGUCUGCUUAUUAAGCUUAAUCGGUGUAAGAACAUGCAUUUAAAGUGCUUAUUGUCAUCUUGAGCAUCAUUUGUUAAGAAUGUGUAAAUGUUCUCUAUGGGUCUUAUUCAUGAAACAUGAGAAAAACAAAUUCAUGUAAAUGCAUUACGUAAAUUGUUCCAUUGAAUUUAAUGGGAAAAUGUACGUAAGACUUGUUUUACAAAUCAUUUGUUCUGCUAAUGUUUCAUGAAGAAGGCCAAAUGUUUGUCUGAUAAGAAAUUAUAAUUGGAGUAAGAAUGUGCUAAUGAAUUACAGCGCCUGUGAACUUUGAUUUAGGUUCUUUUACAAAUGAGACAGUUAAGUUUCCUUGGUUUGAUGUAGCCUCUUUAGAAUUUUUUAAAAAUAUAUUUUCCUUUUAUGGUUGGGAUUGUAGUCUUUUGUACCAAGUUUUAAUUGUAAUUAUUGUACUUAUUUUUCCUAGAAUUGGUACUUUUUCCCCUAAAACCCUUGAGCUAGUUUGAUGUAAUGCACAGUAUGUGUAGCUUACCACUAAUGCUGUAAAGAUUAUGAAAACUGUGUUUCAAUGGGCAUAGUUUGAAUUGUCAAACAGCACUGAUAUUUAUUCAGUUAUGCAAAGACAUUGAAACAAAGAUGUUUAAAUCCUGUGCCUUGUUUUAGGUCUUGAAUUGCAGUGUACCUGUUCUUUUCUCUGGAUAUUUAAAAUGCAUUAAGCACAUACUAGGCAUUUCCUGCUCUGCUGUGUGAAUAGAGCAGUGAUGACUUAUUUCCAAAGCUUGUGGAAGUUGUUCAAACAUCAAUGUUUAGCUAAUCAGUAGUCUCAUUUUCCUCUGUGGUUUUUUGGUUGUGAGCUCAGGAGAGCCUUGUUUUGAGGCAAUUUGCAAAACUUGGCUCUUCAGCUUUUCAUGCAAAUAAAAAGAAUUGCCAAUUG